UAUGGAGCGCAAAAAAUGUAUAUUCAAGAUUCAUGAAUUUGCAACGUGAACGCGUUUGCGCGGACGCGCCGAGUAACAGUUCCGGUCCAUCGGCGCUUCGAAUUUCCGGUCAAGUCGCACGUUUCUGUGCGUUCCUUUUUCCUUCGAUACGUUCAAGAUGGUUAACGUACCGAAGCAAAGACGUACUUUUUGCAAAAAAUGCAAAGUACACAAGAAUCACAAAGUGACACAAUACAAGAAGAGUAAGGAGAGACAUGCCUCACAGGGCAGAAGACGUUAUGAUCGCAAACAGCAAGGUUUUGGUGGUCAAACUAAGCCCAUCUUCAGAAAAAAAGCGAAAACGACAAAGAAAAUUGUAUUGAGAAUGGAAUGUACAGAAUGCAAGUACAGAAAACAAAUUCCACUGAAAAGAUGCAAGCACUUUGAACUGGGUGGUGACAAAAAGAGGAAGGGUCAAAUGAUUCAGUUCUAAAUUAUCCACUCAAGGUUUUCAACAUAUUCUGUAUUUAAUAAGAAAUCUACAAGGAUUUGUAUACAUCUUUAUUUGGAUGGUGAAGUAAAACCUAAAAAAGACGAAGAGACAAAAGUCUGCAGCUAAAGAUCCUCGCUAUGAAAAGUAUUUUAAAAUGUUGCAUCAAUGUUACGCAUUGGUGUACCAAAGGAAGGAGUUAAAUUAAAGAUGAAGCAGGAAGGACUGGAUAACUCCAUAUUGGAGUAAAUGUGAUAUCUGUUUUCAUUUAUACAGAUAUUGUAACAUUUAUGCUAUAUUUGAUUAACAUUGGUAUGUUUACUUGAUAUUAAAUAUCUCAAUAUUCACAUUUAGAUAUUAACUAUAAACUUUAAUAUAAAUAUAUUAAUUCUCUAUCAUUAAGAGAAACACAUUGCUAUUUUAAUAUAUAAAAAAAAAUGUUAUUACUCUUAAUACAUGUAUGCAUGUCAUAAUUUAUUUUAUAUAUUUGACAAAUGCAAAUACUGAGAUACAUAUCAUUUUACCUUUUUUCUUAUCUUGUUAGCAUUCUUAUCUUGUUGGCAUUCCAUAACAGAUAGUUACAUAACAGAUUUUUAUACCAUGAUCAUUGGAUAACAGGAAGAAUCGAGGUAAAUAAAAAUUAAAAAGAUAGUGCUGCUCGUUUAGACAUUUUCACAUUAUAAAACACAAACCAUCCAAAUAAAGAUAUGUACAAAUCCUUGUAGAUUUAUUUAUUUCUUAUUAAAUACAGAAUAUGUUGAAAACU